CGCCCUCCCCUCGUCCCCGCCCACCCCCAGCUGCCCCGCGCAGCACCCUGGCUUUGCAAAGUGGCGAAAGGGUCACCCGUGGACGGUGGGCGGCUUCUUCAGGGGUCGCGCCGCGAUGCCGGGGAAAAUGGAGAUGCCGAACCGGGGCGAAGCUCCGCCGGGCAGAUCGGAAGCCAUCGUAGUGCAAGAGCCUCUGUGCAGGCCCUGCACUUACCUGGCAUGGUGAACAGGUUGUGUGGAGACUCCUGGGAGGGGCAGAGUGGAAGGGGCAUGGCCAGCCAGUCCUUACAACAACCGAUUCGGCGAACCGGAUGCAAAAUUCACGUCCAGUUCUCCUGGACCAGUGCGAACCGGCUGAAUCCCACUCCGGACUAUGGUCCUCAGAUAAUGGCCCCAUUUUGAGCGACUGAGCCUGCAACCAUUCUGAAUAAGUGGCACUUACAACCAGUCCUCAGAAUUCUGGCCAUCGCAGCCCCCAUGGUCAUGUGAUCGCCAUCCAGGUGCUCAGUAACUGACCAUUGCCAUAUCACAUGAUCACCAUUUGUGACCUUCUCUGCUGGCCUCCGACAAGCAAAGUCAAGGAGUUGUGACCAUGUGAGAUCCUCGCUUAGUGACUCCUGGUGAUUUGCUGAACAACGCUGUCCAUGCCGUCAAUAACAAUCCAACAUAUCCCCCAUUUCCCGAAGGAAUGCAAAUGGCAAUAUUUGGCAUGGGAUGUUUCUGGGGAGCAGAAAGAAUGUUUUGGAAACUAUCGGGGGUCUUCUCCACACAGGUGGGAUUCUCAGGAGGCUUCACCCCCAAUCCUACCUACAAAGAAAUCUGCAGCGGGAUGACAGGACAUGCAGAGGUGGUCCGUGUAGUAUUUGACCCACAGAAGAUCAGCUAUGAAAAGCUCCUCCAAUUCUUCUGGGAGAACCACGAUCCAACCCAAGGAAUGAAGCAGUACGAAGACAUUGGCACCCAGUAUCGCUCGGCCAUCUACACUAUCGGAGCAGAACAACUGGAAUCUGCUUUAAGAUCCAAGGCAAUGUAUGAACAGGAGUUGGCUAAGAAGCAACUGGGACCCAUCACGACGGAGAUCCGGGCGGGCGACGAAUUCUACUACGCCGAAGAUUACCACCAGCAAUAUCUGCACAAAAACCCAGAUGGCUUUUGCGGCCUGCAAGGUACUGGUGUGUCCUGCCCCGUAGGCAAAUGAGAAAUUCCCCAAUGGGAGCAUCCUUGGGAGCCACGGUAAUCAUAACCCUUGAACGGUUACCAUGGCAACCGGCGGCCUAGCAUUUUCGUGAUUCAGCUGUGAUUUAGCAACGGGGGCCUUUGUUCCUUUCUUUUGUGUCUUGUAGUACCCGGUAAGGUUUAGGGGUCAGGGCAAAAAUGGGCAGCCUGCUGGACGAAUUUGCUGCAAAUGUUAAAUUCUUUGCAUGAGAGUGAUAGAUAUCAUUUCCAUCCCACCGCAGAUGUUUGGGAUCGCCUAACAAGAU